AAGAAGGCGCACUAACAGAAAGCGAAGAAGAAAGCGAUCACUGUAAGGUGUUUGUUUUCGUGUCAUCACUGGUAAUCUGCCAUCUUUAUUUCUUUUAGAUUAUUGGAAUAGCAGAUACCAACUUUUAUGCAUUUAUAUGAGUGAUGGAGCCCGAUUACCCUCCAGAAACACUACAUACUGAAAGUGAUCAUGAUAGCGUUUGCAACACCUCCUGGGUCUCUGUGUGUCCCCGAGGCCUCUGGAAGGUCCACCAAAAGCGACUAAACAGUCAGCAGACAGCUUCUGAUCCAGCAGGUGUAACACCAAUUUCAUCGAAUAAUUGUCCAAGGUUGGGUUCGCUGUGUAGAGUCCGAGUGCGUCUCAAAGCUAACAAUGAUGAAGCAGAGAAUGUAGCAUGUGAAAAAACAGGUGAGAAGCUGCCAGCCCAGCCUGAUCCGUUCACCGCUGAACUUACUGAAUCUGGUACCACACCCUUUGUGAGGUGUAAAGACUCUGUGCUGCAGGUCCCACUGGGUGACUGGACAACACUGAGGCUGGGGGAUGGUCAGUGUGAUAUCACAGAGGCGUGUUUGGAGGGAAUGAGAGCUGGGGAGAAGUGUGAGAUACAGCUUUCUCCUUUGGAAACUGGACCAGAUGCUGCUGCUGUUCCCCGACCCUCAGAUGAAAGCCUUUCCUUUUUUGCCACAGUGGAAUUGCAAGCUUUCACACCAGGCAAGGAAGCCUGGGAGAUGUCUCCUGGUGAAAAAUGGGAAUGGGUCAAGUCACACAAGGACACGGGCGGGGUGAGAUUCAGGAGCGAGGAUUUGUGGGGGGCUGCGGACAGCUACAGCAAGGCCAUGAAACUAGUCAUCACUUUUUGUAAUCACGUUAGAGAUGUGGCGAAAAAGGGAUGGGAGUAUGAAGCUGAGGAGCAGAGAGAAGCAACUCUGGAAACACUUGAUCCUUCAGCUGAAGAACUCAACAAAAUGAAAGCUGACCUCCACUCCAACUUGUCCCUGUGCCAGCUAAAACUGAACCAACCAGAGCGGGCUAAGGCCAAUGCUGCUAAAGCCACUCAGCUGGAACCCGGCUGUGCCAAAGCCUGGUACCGGCUGGGGAAAGCAUGCCAGAUUGUGAAUGAAUUGGAAGAGGCCAAACAGGCAUUUAGGAAACUGCUGGAGCUGCAGCCAGAAAUGCCUGCUGCUCUGAAAGCGCUUAAAGAUAUUGCAAGUAGAGAGAAAGCAACAAAUGCACAGCUGGGACUGAGACUAAGCAAAAUGUUCAGCUCAAGAUAAAAUAUCAGUAGAGAGAAAUGUGUGUUCUCAUGAUUCCCCAUUAAAUGUAAGUGCAUUAACAACCACUGCCUCGAUCUAAAAUAAAGCCACUGUGAUGUAGA